AUGAACACUGACGGGCAUCAUGUAGACACGGACUUCAUUUCUGCCGGCGGACCAGACAAUUACACCUGGAAUCUUGUCCGCUCGGAGGCCGACCACCUUGUGUUUCAGCAUGCCAGGGAGUGUGGUUCCACGGUUAUAGAUGGCAUCCGAGUAGACGCGCUGCAGUUUACGCACGCCGACGCGCCCUAUUCCGACACUGACAGCUAUUCCGAGGAACUGGGCUUCACACGCCCCGUAUCAGCAACCUAUAUCCGGAAAUCUGACGGCAAAACAGGGUCGAUCGACUUCCAGUACGUGGUCGAUGCUAGCGGGCGCGCCGGGAUGAUCAAUACGAAGUGCCGGAAAGAUCGCAGGUAUAGCAAGAUAUUGAAGAAUUCAGCCCAUUUGUGUUACUGGUCUGGAGCCAAGGAGUAUGCAGUGGGAACCGAUAGUGAAAAUUCGUCAUAUUUCGAGGCACUUUAUGACGAAAGCGGAUGGGCCUGGAUGAUCCCAUUGCACGACGGAACGGUCUUUGUCGGAAUUGUGCAGAAUCAGGAGAUGGGAAACGCCCGAAAGCGAGACUUGCCCGCUGACGGCUCGACACAAGACUUUUAUAUGAACAGUCUGCGGUUAGCUCCUAACAUAACGGACAUGUUAUCGAACGCCAGGUGCGAAACUUCGGUCAGAUCCGCCUCCGAUUAUUCAUACUCGUCCGCGUCGUAUGCUAUCCCGUACGCGCGCGUGGUGGGCGAUGCUGGUUGUUUCAUUGACCCCUUCUUUUCUUCGGGCGUGCAUCUCGCUCUCACCGGGGCCUUGUCGGCGGCGAUGACUAUCUGCGCGGCACUGAGGCACGAUUGCGACGAGAAGACUGCCGCGGCCUGGCACUCGACCAAAGUAGGCGACGCCUAUAUGCGGUUUCUGUUGGUCGUCCUUAGUGCAUACCGCCAGAUGUGGCGCCAGGAUGCCUCCGUCUGGAGCGAGAUCGCAACUGAUAAUUUCGACAAGGCCUUUGACUGCGUUCAACCCAUCAUUCAAGGAGCCGCCGAUGCAGACCCCGUGGUGACUUCCGAACGAGUGUCGAGGGCACUGGACUUCUGUUCUCACGCGGUUAACACCGCCCAGCCCGACGUUAAGGCUCGCCUGCGGCACAAGCAUGCGACGGACAGCGCUACGGUUGAAGAAGGCGAUGCUCUUAAGCAUCUGUAA